ACCGCAGGUGUCACCAGGCGGUGGCCACCAAGUGCCGAGUGGGUGUCGGGCCGUCGGGAGGGGGUGGAGCGGACAGGACGGUCGCGAAGGAACUGUCGGGAUGAGGAGUAGAUGGGGGAGCCAUAAAAAGUGGGGCAGCGGCUCGCGACGCGCUGGGACACCCGAGAGCGCGGGGCGGCCGGGGCGAUGGGCGGGCGACCCUGAGACGCCCCGAGGGGGACCAUGAAGGGCAACGGCAGCGCACUGCUCAAUGCCUCUCAGCAGGUGCCCGGCGGCGCGGAGGGCGCGCGGGUGCGACCCUCGUGGCAGGCCUCCACGCUGGCCUUCAUCCUCAUCUUCACCAUCGUGGUGGACAUCCUGGGCAACCUCCUGGUCAUCCUGUCGGUGUAUCGGAAUAAGAAGCUCAGGAACGCAGGAAAUAUAUUUGUGGUGAGCCUAGCAGUUGCAGACCUGGUGGUAGCCAUUUAUCCCUACCCCUUGGUGCUGACAUCGAUCUUUAACAAUGGCUGGAACCUGGGAUCUCUGCACUGUCAAAUUAGUGGUUUCCUGAUGGGCUUGAGUGUCAUUGGCUCCAUAUUCAAUAUCACUGGGAUCGCCAUUAAUCGCUACUGCUACAUCUGCCACAGCCUCAAGUACGACAAGCUGUACAGUAACAAGAAUUCCCUCUGCUACGUGUUCCUGAUAUGGAUGCUGACGCUAGUGGCCAUUGUGCCCAACUUGAGAACAGAAACGCUCCAGUAUGACCCCAGGAUCUAUUCCUGUACGUUUUCACAGUCGGUCAGUUCAGCCUACACGAUAGCUGUGGUGGUUUUCCACUUCAUAGUCCCGAUGGUCAUCGUCAUCUUCUGUUACCUGAGAAUAUGGAUCCUGGUUCUUCAGGUCAGACGGAGGGUGAAAUCUGACAACAAACCCAAACUGAAACCACAGGACUUCCGGAACUUUGUCACCAUGUUUGUGGUUUUCGUCCUUUUUGCAAUUUGCUGGGCUCCUCUCAACUUCAUUGGUCUUGUUGUGGCCACAGACCCUGCCAGCAUGGUGCCCAGGAUACCCGAGUGGCUGUUUGUGGCUAGUUACUACAUGGCAUAUUUCAACAGCUGCCUCAAUGCAAUUAUAUAUGGACUUCUGAACCAAAAUUUCAGAAAGGAAUACAGAAGAAUUAUAGUUUCACUGUGUACAGCCAAGAUGUUCUUUGUGGAUAGCUCGAAUGAUGUAGCAGAUAAGGUUAAAUGUAAACCCUCUCCAUUAAUAGCCAACAAGAAUUUAAUCCAGGUGGACUCUGUUUAGAAAAGCAAAACACUUCUGGCACGGUGUCCAUACUGCUCAGAUCAUACUCCUUUUCCUGUCUGCUUUGCUCUGGAUGGAUGUCUUGAAAACAGUAGUUGAGAAAAGGAAGCUCUUAAGAGGUCACCCGAAGUUUCUGAGCUAGUAUGCCCUGGGGCAAAGUGUCUAAUUCUGCUUAUCAAGAGAAAUCCAGAACAUACAGAGAAUCAUGUUAGUUGAAGAGUAUGUUUCAGGAGUAGGGGGUUAAAGUAAAAUACUGGAUGAAUUUAAGGGAAGAAAUACUGUGAAAACAUUUAUUUUACCAUAAAUAGGUUUCAAAAAUGCAGCACAGUUAUCCCUCCUUUUCCGUGGGUUCUCCAUCCUUGGAUUCAGUCAACCAUGAAUUGAAAACAUUUUAAAAAAAACAUUGCAUCUGUACUGAACAUGUAUGUACUUUUAUUCUUUUUCCUCCCUGAAGAAUGUAGUAUAAUAGCCAUUUUCAUAGCAUUUGCCUUGCUAUGGGUUUUGCAAGUAACCUGCAGGUGAUUCAAAACACUGUAAAUGUGAAGAUAUGUAUAGGUCAUAAGCAAAUACUGUAUCAUUUUAUAUAAGGGUCAACAAAUUUUUAUAUUCUUGGGGGCUCAAAGAUUUUGAGGGAUGAGUAUAAUUGUUUUCCCCCUCACUUGUUAAAAUAUUUCUAAUGGGGAAACGAAAAGAACAUUUGAUUUAUAAGUGAGUAAAUGGAACAAAAAGGAGAAGCGAGACGAGCGACUCAUUACGGAAUGACUGAGUGGCAGUGGCAACAACCAUUACCACCACCAUACUGAGCCACCCCCACCUAGCCAUUUGUAUUUUAAAAAUAACAUACAGGGUCUGGCUAAGUUACUGAGGCUGGCCACGAACUUGAGUUCCUCUUACCUUGGCCUCUUGGGUAGCAGGGAUGACAGGCUUGUGCCACCAGUCCCCACUACUUUUUUUCUAUGCUUUUUUUUAUGCUUGAAAAUAAAUCAUCUUCAUUUGGGAAAAAAAUCAUGUACAAUUCAAUGUAAAACCAGCUUUGCAAUAUUGAUUACAGGUUUUGGGAAAUCUCCUAUGACUGUGUGGGGGUCAAAAUUUAGAGAAUAACAAAGUUAUUUUAGUGCUGUUCAAUAUUUAUGUUAAUGGUGAGUACUUAUUUUACUGAAGCUCUUUCAGAAGACCAAAGACUGAACAUAAACUAAAUUUGUAAAAUAUAGGAAAAGGCCAAAAGGGACAGAUAUUUAACCAAAGUUUUAGUGUAUCCAUAAUGUAACAAUAACAAGUGGGAUAAAAAUUUAAUAACAAACUAAGCUAGUACCUGGAGAAUGCUCUGGCCAUCAAAUUUCUAAAAUGUUGGGACAUGCCCUAAUUGGGUUUAGCUUAUGCUUAUCUGUCACCAGAAGGAUAAUGGAGUCAUUGUGCAAUCACCUUGCUUCAUAGUGCUGAGGAAAAAAUUGAAUUUAGGUAUGGAAAAGCAAUCACACAUGAAUAUAGAAACAGAAUGAUUUUAGAAGCACAAACCUUAAUCAUAUGUUAUUCUAUUUUCUAUCUCUGAAGCAGACAUUUUAAGUUAAUAGAAAUAACCACUUAGGAAUUUUUUGUAUAUUAUAGAGUUUACCAUGGGGAGAAAGUGCCUGUGUAUGGUUGUGCACGUGUGUUGGCAUGUAUACUGUGUGCACAGGCCAGUUAGCUCUGAGGAAAUAAGAACAGCUUCUAUGGCUCUGUAAAGUCAAAAGAUGAUUUAGGUGUGUGUUAUAUUAGUAGUAAUAAGACUAUGCUGUAUUCCUUUAUUAUGAGGACACAUUUCUUCAUUCUGAUUACAGGUUUAUGAUUCAUAUGCCCAUUGAAAACCCAGUUAAUUGCUAUUUCAUCUAGAGAUUAGAUACUGGGCCUUUCUUUUCUUGAGGUAGCCUGGUUCUCUAAUUGCUAGCAGAACUGUUACUUUGCAGUGUGCAAUGAAAACAUAUCCAGUUUGGAAUAAAAUAAAAUGAAUGUUAUUUUUAGUUUCUAUGAUGUUCAACACCUUGGAGAACUCUUGAAUUUUGGUAUGCAAAGGGGCAAGUGAUGAUCCACUGAGCACCACCCUAAUAAAUACUAAAUAAGCCUCCAUGCUCAGGAUGUGGGACUAAGAAUCAGUUUAGCUAUUUGGUUUACCCAGUAAAAGAGCUGAUAGAAUUUCUGCCUAGAGAACUAUAGUACCUUCAUUAAUUCUGUGACCACUGAGCUACAGAAUAAAUGUUUGCAUAGACAAUGUUUACACAAUUCAAAGUAGUUAAGUAUAAGAUGUUAACCUCAAUCCUGACAUUAUUUUCUGCUUGUCACUAUUUUCUUGCAGCCUGGGUAUAAAUGUGUAUAAAACUGUAGGAAGUCUGUUUUUCCAAAAGACAGUUUAAUUUUAUAUUUUUGAAAACAAAGCCAUGAUAGAGUAUACUUGUAUUAUUUUACUUCUUUUUACCAUGUAUGUACCUUGUUACUGCCAAGGAUGAACUUCAGUGGGGAUUUUACUUGUAUAUAUUGUUUUGAUAAAUUAUGUAUGUAUACAUGUGCAUGUGUAUAUAUGAAGGUGAAUAUGAUUUCUUACGAUUUUCAAGGUGUUUAGUUUUUAUGUUAUUUGGGGGAAUUAAACAUUGGUUAAGAAUAAAAGGUGGUUUGAUAAUUA